AUGUCGUCCGGGCCGCGGCGCGACGACGCGGGGGCCGGGGGCGCGCGGCGGCCGCGGGAGCCGCCCGAGCAGGAGCUGCUGCGGCGCCGGGAGCAGAAGCGGCGGCGGCACGACGCGCAGCAGCUGCAGCAGCUCAAGCACCUGGAGUCCUUUUACGAAAAACCUCCUCCUGGGCUUAUCAAGGAAGAUGAGACUAAGCCAGAAGACUGUAUACCAGAUGUACCAGGCAAUGAGCAUGCCAGGGAGUUUCUGGCUCAUGCACCAACCAAAGGGCUCUGGAUGCCACUGGGCAAAGAAGUCAAAGUUAUGCAGUGUUGGCGUUGUAAACGGUACGGUCACCGAACGGGCGAUAAAGAAUGCCCUUUCUUUAUCAAAGGCAACCAAAAGUUAGAACAGUUCAGAGUAGCACAUGAAGAUCCCAUGUAUGACAUCAUUCGAGAGAAUAAACGACAUGAAAAGGAUGUGAGGAUACAACAGUUGAAACAGUUACUGGAGGAUUCUACCUCAGAUGAAGAUGAGAGCAGCUCCAGUUCCUCAGAAUGUAAAGAGAAACACAAGAAAAAGAAGAAGAAAGAAAAGCAUAAGAAAAGGAAGAAAGAAAAGAAAAAGAAGAAAAAACGAAAGCAUAAGUCUUCCAAGUCAAAUGAGAGCUCAGACUCAGAUGAAUAAGAGAGACAGACACUGAGAGGAGACUAUUUGGGGUCAGCAUGUGAAUUCUCACCUUCCAGUAAAGAUGUGACCCACCAGAGAGAGUCGUGUCUCCCAGGUGCUAGCUCUGGACAGCUGCCUUUUUCAGUAUCAUCCUCCCUGAUGCUCACUGGGCUUUCGGAUUCCUUUUGGAAACCAUGCAAAGGUGAGGAGGGCAGAUUUCACAGUUGGCGGGCCCUCACCUUUGCACUCACAGCUGCAGUUGCAGGACAUGACACAGGCUCAGGGUGCAACAAUAUAGUUUAUGAAGGAGUGAGAAAGAUAAAAUGGGAGAAAAGAAAUAGGCAGAGCCAGAGACAGUAGCAAUGGUCAGGUGAUGGUCUGAAGCAGAGAUAAGGCUUGAAGGUCUCUGUGAAGAGCCUUCCAUAGGUGGAGCCACAGUAGCAGCAGUAAUCGGAAGGCUGAGCUGGGCAGCACUGGAUGAUAGACUGGAAAUCGCUAGAGGCAAUAGCACCAGGAGGCAGUGCUGGACAUGUCAAUGGCAAGGACCAGUGUUGCAGCUCUUAGAGAUGACUGGACACAAGCCAACAUCAGGCACAGGCCAACAAUGUCAUUCAGCCGAUGAUAUUGGAGGCAGGGUCAGAGAUGAAGUCUGCAAAGUUCUUUCCAGGAGAGAUUCCAGAUCAGUCUUUUGCAGCUCUCUGAAGCCCAGCUUACAUCCCCUUCAGAGUAUCCACCUUUCAAACCUGAUUGGUCAGUCUUUCUUGAUUGGUGCAAGCUCAAAAAUGAUUGGUUCCCUUGGGAGCUCCAGUCAUAUUGGUCCAUUUAUAAUCCCAGCUAUUGAUUGUGCCAGUUGAGCUCCACUCAGAUUGGUCCAUUUUCAGUACCAUGUCAGUUUCAAACAGACUGCAUCAGUGCAUCCAACCUGACCUAUACUGACCAAACAACUUUGAAUGGCCUCUGCCGUGUGCCUGGACUAAGGGCAUCUCUGAAGAAGUUCCUCCAGGUGCUGCCACAGCUUCAUAGUGGGGCUACUUAAUUAAGACUUCAGGUUGUCUUUUCUGUAUUGUGAGGAUAAUAAAAGCUUAUUAUUUAUUUUUUAAAUG